AUGGCUUCUGGAAAUCCGGACUCAGCACCGCUUUUGUUGUACUCGCCUCCGACGCACACCAGAUCUCCUGGCCCGGAUCCUACCUCGGCUGAUGAAGGCAGGCGCCCUAGCGCUUCGAGCGGGUCAUCCUCAAAUGAGCCACUGCCCGGAGGCUUGGUCAGCGCUCGCUGUACAGAGGCGCAAGAACGGGCAUCAGGCCGUCACAACGCUGCUUCUCCCAGGGCUUCCGGUUCAGGCUCUUCUCUCGCAACCACACAAGAGGAAACGCCUGCAAAGCCCAAAUCGCUUGCGCAGCAGAGACGCAUGCAGGUGAGUCCGGUGGCUUGUCGAGCAGCUCGAGCUUGCUUGCUGGGUGGGAGGCAAGCAUCGAGGGUCUGACAAAGUGCCGUGCCGCUGUUGAACGCCAGGGGGUCUCGUGCGAUGCUUGUAAAUUCAGAAAGGUGAGAAGCCGCGAUGACUGGAUCGUAACUCCUUCCUCUUGCUGAUACUAGGUCGGGCUCCCUGUAGGUCAAAUGUGACAGGCGUGCAAAGGUGGAUAAGAAGAUUGCUGAGCUCCAUGCGACUGGGGAGCCUCUGAGCAGCCUCCAAGACGCAGACAUCAGUUGCAGUGUAUGCAGCUCGCACGGCCUGAAGUGCACCUUCACCCAGGCAGAGCCCAAGAAGCGACGUGGCAGGCGCAUUGUGGAGAUACAAGCACACCAGAGACGCGAGAGCUAUCUCCCUUCGCUUGCAGACGCCGACGAGGAGGGUGGAGGACCAAGCAUCGAUGUGACCACAGCGGCUGCUGCUGCAGAGGAGGCUCGACGCAGACAUCAGAGCUCAUAUCCUGGUAUAUUGCCGCGAGCGGUCACUACGGCGUCAACUCCUCUUGGACUCUUUUCCAUUCCAGGGCUCACGCGGCCCUUGUUAGACACCUGUAUCAUGGCUUUCUUCAAAUUUACCACGCCGACAGUCGCGCUACUGCAUGCCGAUGUUUUUGCGGCAAGAUACACCAAAUUCUUCGAGCUCUUCAACCCGGGCGGUCCAGCGAAGAUGCAUACGAGCCAGAUGGAUCCCGCGCUCGCCAAGCUUCCACCUUUGACUGAGCUGCUCAUCCUCGCCGUUGGCUGUGCUGGAUCGGGACUGCUACAAGCUCCCGUCACUCGCGACAAUCCUAGGGCAAAGUUCAAGCUUCAGCAACGCCUGUCACAGCGGUGCUCGGAGAUCUUGCGCCACGUCAGCUGGACCCAACGCCUGCGCGAAGAAGGUGCUGAUCUCGUGGAAGCUGUAAGUCAGAGGUUCAGGUGUCGUUCUGCCUGAGUUUGCUGACCCUUCCGCAUUCACUACAGGUCUACGUAUUGGUGGACCCGACCUUCCCGCUGGUCGACGAUCAGUAUGAAGAGGAUCGUGGACCAGCUUCGAGUCUCCUUGGCGUCUCGCCGGAUCCACUACGCGUACAGCCAACCUCGCACGAGGCUUUAGUACGUCUGACGUUUUCGUUGUCAAUUCACAGAAGGCCGAAGGCGGAACCUGGCGCUCCUCCCGAUGGCCUCAGGUGGCGCACUGGAACAGGAGAAUUGAUAGAUGAUAGAGAGAUGUUCCGUAAGGCUUUCCUUCGAGGCUUCGUGUGGAUGGCAGAUGCGCUAACAGCGACACCCAUCCGGACAGGUCGGGUUCGCAUUUGGUGGAACGUUUACAUGGUGCGUGUCAAGAGCGGCGCAGUCGGGAUGAGUGCUCCAAAAGCCGAAAGAUUCUAACGCCAAUCCUUGUGACAUUAGCAAGACGCGUUUCGAUCGUUCGGAGCCCGACGCACGCCCUUGAUCGACGCGGAUGCAUACGAUCAGGACUUGCCCCGCUGGGCUCCGCGCAGAGACGGAGACUUCAGUACCUCAUUCGGAAUGGAUCCUCGCGAACAGCCACAGAGAAAUGUCUUCUCACCCCAAGCUCCAGCUCCAGUACCUGGUGCCGGGUCGGCAGGCGAUCCGAAUCCAGCCUCCGCAGGGCCUCAACCACCGAGAUUCUCCCGCUUCGAUGCCCUUUGGCUGGAAUCCAUUCUCCGACUUUGCUUCAUCACCAGAACCGUUGGCUCCCGUAGCGUGUCUCCGCGAGCUCAAGGUCGUGGUGUACUGUCGAGUGACAUGGAGCACGCAAUCGUCUCUCUCAGUGCCUGGCAAGCCCAACUGCCUACGGAAUUGCACUGGGAAACGCAGGCUGGCGAAGGCUGGGAAGAAGGUCAACCGCCCCCUAGCCUAAGCAGCAUCGAAUUCCGUAAUAGCCUCAAAGGUAUGCACGGGAACCACGAGCUAGUAUGUAGCCAGUGUUUGCUCAUCCGGAUGCUUUCCGUCUUUGCGCAGCGGCUUUUCUGGAAGUGCUGGCGCACGGCCAGGUGCUUGGAUGCUGGGCUGCCGUCAAAGAUUACGGCCUUCGAACGGAAGCAGACGUCAUAGACGCUGCAGGCAUGCUCGCGGCUCGCUUGAAUAUCGGUGAUAACGUAUCGCCUCUGCCGUGCGAAGACACAGCGAGCGAGGAUCCCCGAGUACGCAGGUCUGCAAGUGUGAGAGUUGGCAUUGCUCAACCGAACGUGGCUGCGACCGUACCAAUGUCAAGCCUGGUCGAACAGGGACCUGCACCACCCGAAGUGGAAGGUCGCGUUCGCUCCAGACUGGAGGGGCUGGCUACAGCCAGUUUCCUCAGAAUGAGCAAAGUCGCAAGUCAGGCAGCCGCUGUAGGAAUCCUUCGUGCCAGUCGUACAGUGCUUCGAGAUGGUGAGUGAUCGCUUCAGCAGGCCAGGCGCGGGCGCUUCGGUCAGACUAACCGUGGAAGUUGUUCCACGUCCUUCACAGUCACUUGUUCGUACGCCAUGUGGGGUUGUGGGCUGGCGGCAGACAUCAUGAAAGGCACAGAAGCACCAAGGAUCGGCCCUACCGUCCUGUUGGAGGAGGUGAUACUUGCGACGGCGAAGCUGGUCGAUGCCGUGUCCCGCGUGGAUAGCGUUCAAGAUACACCAGCCAUGACGAGAGGCCUUGAGAACAUGCUCAGCAAGUUCGCUGGUGGCCUGGACGCAUUGAGACGCGUUCGAGGCGAGCCUAUCGACGCUGCCUCUGUGCAAGGCCCAACCUCAGAGAACGGCAAUACUGUCCAUGGCGCGGGCACACACUCGCCUGCCCAUCAUCAUCCCAACACUUCUCCUGCAGCUAUCAACAUGACUGCUGGCAUAACGCCCACGCCGAACUGGUUCGCCCCACACCCUUAUGUUACCACUCACGAUGCGUAUCAGCAGGCAAAAUCAAUGCGCACGGACGAAAUUGCGACACUUUCGCGGCACGCUGAUGCAGCACUGUCCGGCGACAAUGUCGAUUCUGCGAUGGAUAGUGCGGACAGCAACUGGCUCGAGCAAUUCGUCGCCGGAUGGGGAGGCCCAAACUCUCACGAUGGCGCUUCCACCCAACCUCAUCACGGAGGUGCCGGCCUCGGGUUUAGCAUGCCGCCACCAGGCGCUACCCCGCACCUCCACGGAGAUCACUCCGCUAACGAAUCUAUGGCUCAAUUCUGGCCGACGGGCCCAGCGACGGAUCACCAAGGCUAUCAUCAUUUCGUGAGCAACCCUACCACAGCUCAAGAUUGGGCUGGACAGGUUUGGCACGGAUCCACCGCGUCUUUUGAUCCUUCUCCAGCUCCACAGGGCUCAUUGGAGUGGCUCUGGGGUGUCGGGCCUCAACCGCCUCCACAGCGCUGA